UUUUUUUUUUUGUUUCAGGAAGGAACAACUGCCUUAAUUGUUAGUUGUGGUCAUGGACACGUUGACUUGGUUCGUCAUCUUCUGCUGCGUGGAGCAAACCCCAAUAUUCGGAGACAAACGGGAACCAGUGCUUUGUUCUUCGCUGCACAAGGAGGUUAUGAAGAAAUAGUCAGUAUUCUUUUAGAUCACAAGGCAUCAAUUGAUCUAACUAGCUUCGACGGAGGAACGCCUUUGCUGGUUGCUUGUCAGUGUGAUAACUAUAGUAUUGUCCAAGUGCUGCUUGAGAGAGGCUGUGGAACCAAUAGUCGAUUGAACGAUGGUGCUUCCGCUCUGUUCCUAGCUGCACAAGCGGGCAACCUGCGAAUUGUCAAUUUGCUGCUCUCUAAGGGCGCUGAGCUUGAUGCUAAGAGAAAUGAUGGCGCGACCCCACUUUGGAUUGCCUGUCAGAUGGGACACCUGGAAAUUGUGAAGAAGCUGCUUCUGGCUGGCUCCGCGCCAGAUGUUACACGUCAGGAUGGAGCGACACCUUUGUUCAAAGCAGCCCACAAGGGCCACUUGGACAUAGUGGUGGAACUACUAAACACAGGUGAAGUGUCUCUGAGUGUCCUUCCCAACGGGGAGACAGCUCUCCAUGCUGCUUGUCUCUUUGGACACAAGAAUGUGGUCAUGGCUCUGGUCACUGCUGGGGCCAACCCAACUCAACUUAAUCGGGAGGGAAUAUCUCCGGUCGAAAUUGCGAGCCAAGCUGGUUUCGAAAACAUCGUCGACUACUUCUUGACUCUAAACAGCAACAACAAUGACGGAAGUGGAGCCAAAACUGACUCACAAAUACCAAACAGUGAAAGUCACCUCACAAACACAUCUUCAAACUACGAAGUACAGUCACUGCAAAACUACAAUGAAAAAAUGCCAAAUGACAAAUCAACCAGCGAAGCACAACAACCGCAAUACGAGAAUUCAGAUAUUGUGAAGCAGUCUUUGAACGAGGAGCAAAAAGUGUGCAAUGAGCCGAAACGCCAGUCAGGUGCAAUUGACGGCGGAUUGAUUGGACAGAACUCGAAAAACAAUCCUGGAUAUGAGAAUACGGGCUCAAUUUCUACUGUAGUUUAAAUCGAACUAAUUUGUAAAAUUUUAAAUUAACUAAUCCAAAUUUUAACCUAUAUUUGUAUCUGCAAAUCAUCUCAACUUUCAUCUUUUCCCUUAUUUAUAGUUUUUCGAAUAGUGUGUUCAAAUUAAUGAAUUUAUAAAGAAGAGUGCAA